UACACAUAAUGACACCUACAGCACAUCCAUGCUGUCUUUCAUCGGUGGCAGAGGAAGAAAUCAGAGCUGUGUAGGUGAUCAUUUCUGGCUGAAAUAUAUCUGCAACACUGCAGGACAUCGUUAUGAACACAAGAGGACACUCACACACUUCAGCAAGGGAGAAGAGCACGGUCUUCAGAGACAGCAUCUUCAACACUGGCAGAAAUCGUGGCUGGUUUACAACAUGUUACAUGUUGUGUGAUCCAGCUGCUGAUGGGAUUUAUGAGACGAGAGGAGCAGCCAUGAGUUCAACUGCAGCAGCAACUGGAUUGGUUCUCUUCCUUCUCUCGCUGCCAGUGGUACAGAGUCAGAAUGAUUAUGCAGUGACUUACACUUCUACUCAGAUCUGUGCCUUUAAAGGAUCAACAGUGGACAUAAGAUGCUCCUUCAAAUAUCCUUCAAGAGUAAAUGUGUUAAAAAGAGUUUGGUUCACUAAAGGGAACAAUUAUAACCCUGAAGAUCUGAAAACAGACCCAGUGUAUGCAGGUCGAGUGUCGUACAGUUCUCGCUGGAAGAGCUGCACUCUGACAAUCAGAGACCUGAGAGAGAGCGACUCAGCUGUGUACAAGUUCAGGUUUGAAACAGACCGGAAAAAUUUUACUGGUUUACCUGGAGUCACUCUGACUGUCACAGCUCUUCAGGUACACGUGGAGACAUCAUCAUAUUCCAACUGGGCAACACUGACUUGUCAGAGCAGUUGUCAACUACACAAUCAUUCCUCCUACAUCUGGUACAAAAAUGGACACAAGAUUUCUAGUAGAAACCAGUAUCGGUAUUCAGCCAAUCUGAAUCCUUCAGAUAGCUACUCCUGUGCUGUAAGAGGUCAUGAAGAUUUCUCCUCUCCUUCAGUGUGUGUCCGAGAUGAUUCAUGCAACAGAGUGAAUUACAGCAACAGAAGAAUCUGUGCAGUCAAAGGCUCAUCAGUGGACAUUUCUUCUACUUACAACAGUUAUGAAAGUUCAAUCCAGUCAACAUCCUGGUUCCGUUCUGGUCGUGGAUCUGAUGACCUCAGAGAAGACUCCCAGUAUGCAGGUCAUGUUGAGGUGACUGAAAGCGAGAGAGGACGCUCCACUCUGAGAAUCAGAGACCUGACAGAGAGUGAUUCAGCCGAGUAUCACUUCAAAUUCAAAACACAAAGCUUUGAAUGGGGGAGUAGUUUACCUGGAACAACUCUGACUGUCACAGAUGUUCAGGUCAGUGUGUCGACUAGACAACAGUUGGAUUGUGUCACCAGAUGUGAUCCUUAUGUUUCAUCUUAUGUCUGGUACAAAAAUGGACAACAAGUGAAUGGAGCCAGCUCUUCUUCUUAUGAAGCUCAAUAUGACACUUCAUACAGCUACUCAUAUCAAAUGUCAUAUGGCAAUAAAAACAGCUACUCAUGUGCUUUAAAAGGAUUUGAGGAUUUUCACUCUCCAUUAGUUUGUAUAUAUGUUGAACGGUGCAACAAAGUGAAUUACAGUAACAGAAGAAUCUGUGCAUUCAAAGGAUCAUCAGUGGACAUUUCAUGUACUUACAACAGUUAUGAAAGUUCAAUCCAAUCAAAGUCCUGGUUCCGUUCUGGUCGUGGAUCUGAGGAUCUCACAGAAGACUCCCAGUAUGCAGGUCGUGUUGAGGUGACUGAAACAGAGAGAGGACGCUCCACUCUGAGAAUCAGAGACCUGACAGAGAGUGAUUCAGCCGAGUAUCACUUCAAAUUCAAAACACAAAGAUUUGAAUGGAAGAGUAGUUUACCUGGAACAACUCUGACUGUCACAGAUGUUCAGGUCAGAGGGUUCAAUGGACGACAGUUGGAUUGUGUCACCAGAUGUAAUCCUUAUGUUUCAUCUUAUGUCUGGUACAAAAAUGGACAACAAGUGAUUGGAGCCAGCUCUUCUUCUUAUGACGUGCCACGUGCCACUUCAAACAGCUACCCAUAUCAAAGGUCAUAUGACUAUAAAAACAGCUACUCAUGUGCUUUAAAAGGAUUUGAAGACUUUCACUCUCCGUUAGUUUGUUCAUAUGGUCGAUGGUGCAACAAAGUGAACUACAGUAACAGAAGAAUCUGUGCAGUCAAAGGAUCAUCGGUGGACAUUUCUUGUACUUACAACAGUUAUGAAAAUCCAAUCCAAUCAAAGUCCUGGUUCCGUUCUGGUCGUGGAUCUGAGGACCUCACAGAAGACUCCCAGUAUGCAGGUCGUGCUGAGGUGAUUGAAACAGAGAGAGGACUCUCCACUCUGAGAAUCAGAGACCUGACAGAGAGUGAUUCAGCCGAGUAUCACUUCAAAUUCAAAACACAAGACUUUGAAUGGAGGAGUAGUUUACCUGGAACAACUCUGACUGUCACAGAUCUGCAGGUGAAGGUGAGCAGAAUAAUAUCAGUCCAUGAGUCUCAGACUGAGGCAGAGCUGAAGUGUGAAAGCAGCUGCAGUCCAGCCGGUCGUCUUUCUUUCGUCUGGUUCAAAAACAAUCAGUUUAUGGCUGAACGAAGUUCUUAUCAAGAUCUGUUCAAUCCUGGAGACAUCAUCUCCUGUGCUUUCAAAGGACAUGAAGAUUGUCCCUCAGAUCCUGUGUACGUUCCAGAGGUUCCCUCUGUGACAGUGAGUCCCUCUGGUGACAUAGUGGAGGGCAGUUUAGUGACUCUGGCCUGCACUGGUGAUGCUAAUCCAAUGGCUAAAUACACCUGGUACAAGGAACAAAAACAGAUCAGCCAAGAAAAGCAAAUCAACUUCAGGUCCAUCCAAUCUUCUGAUUCUGGAGAGUAUUACUGUACCGCUGAGAAAGAGCUGGGCAAAUGGCCAAUGACUGAAUACAUCUCCAUCAAAGUAAAUUAUGCUCCAAAGCUUCCCUCUGUGUCAGUGAGUCCCUCUGCUGAGAUAAUGGAGGGUAAUUCAGUCACUCCGUCUGGUGAGAUUGGUGACGACAGUCCAGUGACUCUGACCUGUAGCACAGUCAGUUUUUCUCCUGACAUUAGGAACAAUCAAGACUCAUGGAAAAAAACAGCUGCAGUUGCAUCAAUCACUGUUCUAUUUCUGGCUGUUAUAAUCAUCUGUGGAAUCAUAUUCAUUAGAAGAAAAGGGUGCUUCAAAACAAAUUCAUCCAGACAGAGGCCAGACAACAAACCAGAGGAAAAUGCAUAUUGUUAUUACACACUUAACGCUCCGCAAAGUGGACGUCCAAAGCGUGACGGCCCUUCAGCUCCAGCACAGAGUAGAGCAGCAGAGGAGCAGCAGGAUGAUCUUUGCUAUUCCAGUGUAACUUUCAUAAAGAAGCCAGAAGAGCACGACUACUACAACAUUCUUCCCAUUAAGACCAAAAGACGAAAAGAACAGGAUGAAGAAGUAACAGAUGUGGACUACACUGUGGUCAGAUUAAACAGCACCCAAAGGUUAAGAGAUCAACAGGCUGCAGAGUAUUCAUCAGCACUGUACAGCACAGUCAGGAAAAAGUAGAGUAUGAACAUGAAUGUGUGUCCUCAGUGUACAUAUUUAAUGUUUUUAGGAAGAUACUGCUGUUUAUGGCUGUGUUUGCAUUUUGAUAAAGAAUGAUGCAACAGAUGAAUCAAAAUGUGUCCUUGGACAGUGGACUUCCUGUCCCUGUCUAUACGUGUAUCUAGUUUCUUGAAGACCUGAACAAGAGGAACAUUACAGAAUUUAUUGAGGCGAUCUUGGAAAAGCAAAAUGUGUUGCACCACAAAUGCACUCUGAUCAGAGUUCUGAUGGCAACAGCUGCCAGACAGGAUUAAAUUUUAAAAAAAAAAAGAGUCUACCUUUACUGAAAUAAAAUCUUACUACAGCUAACAAGAAGCCCAAGACCUCUCUAGGCAGUAGGCACUAUUGGGGGAAUUGUAUUGUACUUUGUUUAUGUUAAUUUUGUUUUCUUUGUUCUUUUUAAGGGUACUUUAAGUUUGUAGUACACUCAAACAAGUGUAAAUAUAAUUUGUCCUGCUGAAACCCAUUUUAAUGUACUUAACAUAAUUGUGAGUAGAAUUAUUUUUUAUUUGUGUGGAUAUGGGAUAUAGGAGUCUUUGCAGAACAGCAGGAGGUAGGUCUGAUUAAUCUUAAAGUCCUGGUGCUUUGACCGUUUACUUUUAUUUUCAGUGCCCUGCUGAAC